AUGUCCCUCGUCGCCCAAUUCCUCACCCAAAUUAACCAGUAUGUGCGUCUCCAACAAGGGGACAGCCUCCGCGCCUGGCUGCAAGUGGAGCCCAACUCAGCAAAAUCCUACUACGACAUGGCCGCCGAGCUGCGCGCCAACUUCAACACGGCCAGCGGCUUAGAAGCCGCCAUCGACACGCAUUUGCCCAUCGACGACGACGUGCCAGAUGGCCAGGCAACAGCAUGGCCGAGUUUCCAGUCGUUCAUGAAGGAUUACCUUACGCUUUGGCGGGAUAUUAAUUAUGAUGACUUGCUGGGAACGCACGAGUUGCUGACAACAUUAGUGAACUCUUGCGGCACGGCCUUUGCCCAUCCCACGUACGGAGCCAUGCUUCUGCAAGCAAGCAUGUCCUUCUCCGUAACCCUGGCGCGCUUCACACUCCAGCUCAACAGACGGCCUGAUCUUACGCGGCGCAUCCGCUCCGUCGACGAAGAUAGCGGCGGUAAGUCCGUCGCCGAGUCGUCUGCGGAAAUUAUCCAAAAGAUCUUCACCACGUGUUUGACGGAUCGGUCCGUGGGAAGGGUGCCAGAGGGCAAAAAGGUUGGCGUGUACAUGUUUGCCAACCUUGUCCUGAAGCUCUUAUUCGCACGCGUCACCUUUCUCUACUAUCUUGGCCGCUUUAACUUCUCCAACCAGCACUACCAACGCGCCGCCUUGUGUCUCGAGCAGGCCUACCUUCAAACGCCGCCUCCGCUCGUCUCCCACCGCACCAACAUCCUGACAUACCUCAUCCCCUGCAACAUUCUCCUCGGCCGCUUCCCCUCCGGCGCGCUGAUGCAACGACCUGAAGCGGCAACACUCAAAUCCGUCUUCGUCCCUCUGUGUGAAGCCGUCCGCGUCGGAAACUUUAUCCAGUUCCAGCACCACCUUUCAACUCACGAGACGUGGCUUUUCGAAAAGGGCCUUUUACUGGCCCUGACGCACCGCCUGCGUCCUUUGCUAUGGCGCUCGCUGGCUCGCAAGACGUUUGUCUUCACCUAUGUGCCGCCUGCGGAUGCUUCUUCCCGAAAAGCAGCCACUCUUGACAUCAGCCAUUUGCAUGCAGCGGCCGUCUAUGUGCAGCGCAGACUGGAAGGCUGGCUCCACUACCAUCCAAGCGCCCGGGGCAGACCGUCCUCGCAGGCAAAUCCAUUGUUUAUGAGAGCUGUGACGAACAACGUCCAAGAAUCGGCAGAAACGACGCUUGUUCCUCCGCCAAGAGGGCCGACCAAGCUCCGCCCAAACGAGGGUUUGAUCUGGGGCAAUGCAGAGAUUACGCUGGACGAUGUGGAGAUGGUGGUUGCCACGCUGGUGCAGCAGGGCCUGAUGCAUGGGUUUGUGGCUCACGGGCAGGCGAGGUUUGCGAUUAUAGGGGCGAAGGCGAAGGGCCCUGUUGUAGCGGGGUGGCCCGUGGUUUGGCAGGCCAUUCAGGAGAGGAGGUACGAAGGGGAUUUUGAUAUUAAUGAGGUGCCUGGGUGGGUGAAAGGUUGA